CGGAAACAUAUCCACCAGCCGGAACGGGCCAGCAUACCACGGAUCCUGUCAUGAUUGCAACUAUACUUAAUGUCGUCACGCUACCACAAUCUAAAACUCAAUCCUAAGUUCCCAUACGUACAUAGGCAGCCCGUUCGUCACUAACAUGAUGAAGGCUGGACUUUCUCUCAGGGCUCGAAGAUCACCAUCCAAAAUGUCGGCGUGUCUUUUAAUUGCACUCCUGGUCUUCAGCAGCUUCAUUCCGGCCUUUGCCCAGGAUCAAGGUCCCCGGAUUUGGGCAGCCUUUGCAUACAAUGUCUACGGAGAGGUCAUUCCCACGGCUUUUCCUCGCCCGAGAGCGUUGACGAGUCACGGGGCGAAUCAGCUGCACGACGCCGGUGUUGCCUUUCGAAAUCGAUAUGUCUCGCUCAAUUCUACCGAUCAAAAUUUGAGGAUUCAGAACCUUUCUCCUUAUCUGCUUGACAAUGAUGAUAUCAAGGUGUCCUCGACACCGGAUGUCGCGGCCUUAGCGUCUGCACAGGCAUUCAUGCAGGGCCUGUAUCCUCCGCUUGAUGUGUCGUUCAAUGCUUCGUUCUUUGGACAAGACUCAAGAUUAGCAGAUGGAUCAAGCUCCAUAGCGCCAAUGGGCGGGUAUCAAUACCCUCCAAUUCUUACGUUUGGCUAUCAAGAUCCCCAGUCGCUCACUAUUUCUGGUCAAGCGCUUUGCCCUGCACACGCCUAUGCAAACGCCGAGUACAUCGGCAGCAAGGAGUUUUGGGAUACCUAUGAAGAGUCAGCAGCAUUUUACAACCGGCUUCAAAGCUUUGCCAUAUCCGGGGAGUUCGACAUCACAGCGACCAGUUAUGCGAAUGCCACCUCCAUCUCCGAGUUUCUCGAUUAUCAGGCGGUGCAUAACGAAUCCUUUUUGCAGAGCUUGAGCGCCGAGGAUAUUAAACGCGCACGGUGGUAUGCGGGAAAGUAUGUCUGGGCAACGAAUGGCAAUACUUCGAGAUCAAACAGUGUUCAGGACACUAGCAUCCGCACUAUUGCUGGGGAAGGCGUCGCAUCAAGCGUCUUAAACGCUUUCGAGACAAACGUCCAAGGCCGAGGCAUCGAUACCAAGAUGACACUUCAGUUCGGUGGCUAUCAGACAGCGGUAUCGUUCACAUCCCUGUUGCAGCUCGCGAAGUCUGAAGACUCCAGCUUUACUUCCCUUCCAACCCUAGGGUCCUCAUUUAUCCUAGAGUUGUUCAGCAUCGAAAACGAGACCUACCCAACAUAUCCUGACCCGUCCAAGCUCUUCGUGCGGUUCCUCCUCCACAAUGGAACAGAUGCCGAUUUCAGACCGUAUCCGCUUUUUGGUUACAGCCCUAGCAAUACAGCCAUUCCCUUCCAUGAGUUCGAGACGCGUAUGCAGAGGCUCUCCUUAGGGUCGGUUACAGACUGGUGUCAGCGGUGCAACUCUUCUGCUGUAUUCUGUUCUGGUGUUCUGAAUGAGGGAGAGUCCAGAAACAACCAGGGUAGUAAUGGAAUCAGCCCAGCGGUUGGUGGGGUCAUUGGAGCGGUUGUUACAAUUGUUGUGCUCGCUUUGAUUGGUGUCUUUGGUUUCCUGGCAUACAGCUGGCGCACUAAACGCCUGCGUAAGCCCAGUUUGGGUGGCUUCAAAGGAAACCGCAAGUUGGCCAGUGAUGCAGACCUCACUUUUAAAGACCCGCAAUGGGAGAGUGACACGGUCAAGCCUCCUCAGGCCUCAGCUCGGGGAUACGAGCGACACGGUAGCUGGGAGAUGGGUAAUCAGAAACUCCCCCCAAAGGUCACGGACCAGACCUCCAAUAUUGGAUAUUCUUUGGGGGACGAAAUCGAGGAAUGGCAGCUUCACAGUGCUGCAAAACCGGUGGGAGUGCACGAACAUGUCUGA